AUGACUGUACAGACCACCAAACCUGUCUUCCCCACCGAAGCGGCGUCGAAGGAAUACGCUGCUUCCCUCGAUGCCGCCGAGCCUUUGACCAAGAUGCGGGAGGAAUUCAUCAUUCCCUCCAAAGCCAACCUCGCCAGCAAGAAGCUGGCCAAGCCUGGUCUCUCGUCAGAGGACAGUAUCUAUUUCUGUGGAAACUCACUCGGUCUUCAGCCCAAAGCUGCGCAUAAAUAUAUGGAGGCGCAGCUGGACACAUGGGCGUCCAUCGGUGUCUGCGGGCACUUUACUGAUCUUGAGGAUUCCCCGCUUUCGCAGUGGCAGUUGCUGUCUGACCAGGCCGCAGCGUCCAUGUGCAAGAUUGUGGGCGCCGAGCCGUCCGAAGUUGCUGCGAUGGGUACUUUGACUACGAACUUGCAUUUCUUGCUGGCUAGCUUCUACAAGCCAACUGACACUAAGCGCAAGAUCCUAAUGGACUGGAAGGCGUUCCCCAGUGAUCACUAUGCUAUUGAAUCCCACAUUGCGUGGCAUGGUCUUGACGCGAAGGAGAACAUGGUCCUGAUCGGCCCCGAGGAGGGCGAGUAUGUCAUCUCCACUGAGAAGAUCCUAUCAUACAUUGACCAGCACGCCCACGAUGCCGCACUUAUUCUUAUGCCUGGUAUUCAGUACUACACCGGUCAGCUGUUCGAUAUCCCAUGUAUUACCAAGCACGCACAGGAACGCGGGCUCACUGUUGGCUGGGAUCUGGCGCACGCUUACGGAAACGUGGAGAUUAAGCUACACGAGUGGAACGUUGACUUCGCUGCUUGGUGCACAUAUAAGUACGGCAAUGCUGGCCCCGGCGCUAUGGCUGGUCUUUUCGUGCACGACCUUCAUGGCCAGGUUGAUUACAGUGAGGGUGAGGAUGAACCUAAGUUCCGACACCGCUUGACCGGGUGGUAUGGCGGCGAUCGAUCUGUACGAUUUAAGAUGGAUAACAAAUUCAAGCCCAUCCCCGGCGCUGGAGGCUUUGUGAUUUCCAACCCUUCUGUCAUUGACCUGACGACUCUUUGCGCGUCAUUGUCCGUCUUCGAUAAAACAUGCAUGGCAGACCUACGCCAGAAGUCUAUUAAGAUGACCGCAUACCUGGAAUACCUGCUCCUGAAGGAUACCACCGACGAGACCCGCCAAUUCCAGAUUAUCACCCCCUCAGACCACACGGCUCGUGGAGCUCAACUUAGUCUUCUGUUGAAGCCCGGUCUUCUUCACAAGGUGGCCGAGCGUUUGCAAAAUGCAGGUAUCAUCUGCGAUAAGCGCGAGCCGGAUGUCGUGCGCGUCGCUGCUGUGCCUCUUUACAAUACGUUCUCUGAGAUCUUCGAGUUUGUCAAGGUUUUCAAGUCGGCUCUGGCAGCUUGA